UUCGCUUACGCCGUAUAAAAACUUGCUACGCUUUUCUGCAGUCAUAAGAAUUUAAUGUGCCGCAAUUUCAAGACCUUCACCACCGAUAAGAAUCUACCGGUUGAAAUCAAUUUGAUGGAGAAUGUUUAUAGAAGUUUAUUGCAGAAAUAAAUCGAUUAUCGAGUUAAAAAUAUUUUUCUCAUCAACAGGAAAAUUAAGUUUAAUUACAUGGUAGUGAAGGAAAUAAUGAUAUUAAAAAGCUUUAAUAGUUAAUCUGUAAUCAAAGUUCAUUUCAAAACAUCUCACAUUGUAAAAUAAAGUGGAUAACCCGUAAAUAUGUGAAAAUGUUUGUGAAAACUUUAAACCAC